AUGGCCGCCCCGGGAGCACAUAAGUGUCAGAAAAGUGAAAAGUUGGACGAGGCGCAGGCUUUGGCCAAAAGCUGCGCGGGGAGACCAGACUUCCUGCCUUGCGAUGGGCUCUCCAUUUGCGCCACACACAGCCACGGGAAGUGCUUCAAACUGCACUGGUGCUGCCACUUGGGCUGGUGUCACUGUAAAUACGUGUACCAGCCCAUGACAAACGUGUGUCAGCUGCCCAGCACAGCAGUGCCCCCUGAAGGAUCGGAGUACAGCGACACCAUUGACCUGUCCUCGUCUCUGGCAGAGCGCUUCCUGAAGUUGGCUCCAAGCUUCCAGUCGCCCCCUCCCCUUGAGUCGCCCAAGUACUGCAUCAUCGCCGACCUGUUUGUGGACGACUACAUUGUCAAACGCAUAAACGGCAAAAUGUGUUACGUGCAGCGCCCCGCACCGCCAAUGCCUGAACCCCCUAAUCCUUCCACACCUCCCCCACCUCAGGUGCCGCAGAACCCCCCUGCACCCCAGCCCAAAGCCCCCAAAGUCAACACAGCCUCCCCUAAAGCCAAGCCACCUCCAGCAGCCGUCCAAAUGCAACACAAGACCGCCUCUCCUGUGGACAAGGUCAAAGGGCCCAAAAUGGAGCACUGUUCGUCUCCGUCCAGCUCGGAGGACUCAGGCAUAAACGCUUUGGGACUGCACUUCAUGGAGUCGUGUGAGGAGAGCGAGGAAGAUGAUGGACUCAGCACGGACGGGAACUCCAGCCCGGCCAGCCUGUGGGACCAGGACGAGUGCUCCCUGCUGUCACCGUCUAAGUCUAUGAUAGAGAUCAUCGAGAAGAUAGAGACUACUGUGUAA